CUAUACAGUUUCUGUUUCCUUAUAAUCAACAGCAGCGCCGAUAAAUCUUGCUUCCGAACGCAGAGGUUUCCGUUAGACCCGCCUCUGAGAGCGCAUUGGCCUUUAGGCUUGUUGGAGCUGCGUGUCAUUGGCUAAGAAGUGUCCGGCUUGCGGCCUGGAUUUGUGCCUGUGCCUGUGGCUUCCGGCAGAGAGUGAGCGUUACCGGAGCGGAUGCAAGAGUGAGGUAAAUCCGGUUAUUAAUCGUGUCCUCCGGGAAAAGGAGUCAGCGCAACCUCACUGGCAGGGACAACAACUUUGUGUGAAACAAGUGUACAGUUCAGCGCUUACACAAGGAACAGACCAGAACUACAUCAUUUGUCAUACUGCUGCAUCGCUUGAGGUGCAGCUUCCGUGUGUAGAGCGACAAGGACAACAUACAAGUUUGCUGACAACAGAAGUGAGUCAUGAAGGACCAAGAACUGGAGAAUGGCACAGCCAAAGGGCCUUCCCCUACCUCAUCAAGCCCCUCACUUCCUCCAGCCACAGAUGAGAACGUGACUACACCUGGAGUUUGUCACCCUGCUACUGAAGUGGAAGGAGCAGCUGGUAAUUCUGUUACUGUAUGUGAUGUGUCUGAAGAGUUAAGUAGGCAGCUGGAAGAUAUUCUUAGUACAUAUUGUGUUGAUGACAAGCAAGAAGGAGCAGGAGACUCGGAGGAGACAGAUAAGGGAGCCCAGGAGACACCAAAAAAUGGUGAUACUGAACUAGUAGUCCAAGAGGUUAAUGGUGAGAAGGAGGAAAUGCGGGUUUUAGAAGACAGUAGAACCAUCAACGAGACUGAAAAAGAUCAGAAACGAAUGCAAGACAAAAAAAAGGCAAAGGGUCUGGGAAAGGAGAUCACAUUAUUAAUGCAGACUCUGAACACACUCAGCACCCCAGAGGAAAAGCUGACUGCCCUGUGUAAGAAGUAUGCAGAACUGUUGGAGGAGCACAGGACAUCUCAGAAGCAAAUGAGGAUACUGCAAAAAAAACAGACCCAGCUUAUUCAAGAAAAGGAUCUACUUCGUAAUGAGCACAGCAAGGCAAUCCUGGCAAGAAGCAAGCUCGAAAGUUUGUGCAGAGAGCUACAGAGACACAACCGUACACUAAAGGAGGAAGGAGUACAGAGGGCUCGUGAGGAGGAAGAGAAACGCAAAGAAGUAACCUCCCAUUUCCAAGUGACGCUCAAUGACAUCCAGUCACAGAUGGAGCAGCACAAUGAACGUAAUGCUAAACUGCGUCAAGAGAAUGUUGAGCUUGCUGAUCGACUUAAGAAGCUUAUCGAGCAAUAUGAGCUAAGAGAAGAGCACAUUGACAAAGUUUUCAAACAUAAGGAUCUUCAACAGCAACUGGUGGAUGCGAAGCUUCAGCAAGCACAAGAAAUGCUGAAAGAAGUGGAAGAGCGUCACCAGCGGGAAAAGGAGUUUCUGUUGAAAGAGGCAGUCGAAUCCCAGCGCAUGUGUGAACUAAUGAAACAGCAAGAGACCCACCUCAAACAACAGUUAGCACUGUAUACAGAGAAGUUUGAGGAGUUUCAAAACACCUUGUCUAAAAGCAAUGAGGUUUUCACCACUUUUAAACAAGAAAUGGAAAAGAUGACAAAGAAGAUUAAGAAGCUGGAAAAAGAGACAACCAUGUAUAGGUCCCGAUGGGAGAGCAGUAACAAAGCAUUGCUUGUCAUGGCAGAAGAGAAAACCUUGCGUGACAAAGAGCAAGAGGCUUUGCAAGCCAAGAUCCAGAAACUUGAGAAGCUUUGUCGAGCUUUACAGACAGAGCGCAAUGACUUGAACAAGAAGGUUCAGGACCUGUGUAAAUCCUUAGAGGCCACUCCAGGUCAACAUGUCACACAAGAGGAAUCCAGCAGCUGCAUAGGCCUUCCACUUGGGGAGAAUGCAGAACUAAGUAACAGUGGAGCCUGCGGGCAGCAAAAUGCCCCUUCAUCGCCCGUUCUUCCCAGCACUGCAGCUGAAUGAUUCAGAUGUGGCAAAAUGAAAUUGGGUGAAAAUCCACUCUCCUUUUAUAAAAUUGCUUCCACUUUUAUACCUCCUGUGCACACUCAGACCAUCACCCUUCUCUUGCAGUGUUAGGGGUGUUGUGUGUGCAGUUCCUGCAGAGAAUGAAGAAGUAAAAGGACAUAUAUAUAUAUAUUUUUUUUUUUGUUUUACAGCUUCUUAAAGGUCUGUUAUUUACUUUUGUAUCUUACUAUGUUUUACAGAGAAACAUACUGCUAAGAUAGGAUGAGCAGAAGUAAAGAGAUCUGAAUUGUUACUACACUAUUAAAGGAAAAUUACCAUGUUAAGUCCUGUAUGGUAUAUUUACCUUUUAACACAAGGAACCUAGUUUUGCAUACAUACAUAUUAUUUCAACAGCUUGUUUCUCUCCAUUAGUUUGCACUGUUGUUGCCUUACUAAUUUGGCCAGCAAAUGUUAAGUGGGAGCAUGUGUAAGGGGACGUGAUGUAAUAGUGCAGCACAUAUUUAUUCUAAGUAAGCACGCCGACAUCAUGACCUUGUUCUCCCCAACAAACUGAAUGAUGCUGCUUUUUAAUAGAUAAUAUUCAUUCUGCUUCUUUAUCAACUGAUACUCAUUCCCAGUUUUUUCUUCUGUUUUAUAAAUGUAAGCCUCGUACAAUACUGUAAGUCUACUAUGCAUUAAAUUUCUUUCUGAUUAUCAUUUUCUUUUCUUUACAUCAGUGUAAAAUAGAAUUUGUAUCUCUGUGGUAGUUGCUUAAUUUGGUUUGAUGUCUGCCCAAUUGUUAACUGAUAGAAUCAUUUGCUGAUCCAUCACAAUUGCCAUUUUGCUGUUCAGUGUA